AUGUACUGGGAACAGCUGGAGCUACGUUGCAGGUCUCUGUACAGACCACCAACUGGACAGGCUGCGCCAACCGGAAGACCUGUACAGAACAACUGCAGUUGUUGCGCACAAUGUCACACCACGCAGCCAGCCUGGGAUUUCAGCUUGCAACACCGAUUCUGGGCUCCCGGUCGAAUUGGCAACCUAUAUUCACCAAAUCCGGGUUCAGGGAGGAAAACGUCGCCAUGGAGCUGGUUCCCAUGGCCGAGGGGAAAUAGUCAGAACUCUCGCUGCCGAAUGGACGGCGUUCCACAAUCGGGCGACAGUGCAUACGGUUUCUGUGAAACUGAGCAAGCGCAGAACCCGCCACAAUCCUACGACGAGCGAACAUACCCGGCCAACUUUAACCAGCCGUUUCAGCGAGGGCAGACUUCUGGCUCAUUUGCCCAAACAUCGCAGUUCGUCCAAUCAGCUCAGUUCAGUCAGCCCGGGCAAUUCAGUCAGACGGCACAGUUUGGACAAAGUUCGCAGUUCGGGCAGAGUUCGCAGAGUUUUCCAUCUGGGCAAAUAGCGUAUCAAGAAGGAUAUUCAGAAGGGAAUACCAGCUUUGAUGCACAGACUGGCGUUUGGGGACCUCCACCGCCCUACAGCCCACAAGGCAGGAGUGGGAGUAGGCACCAUCUUCACCACCAAGACCCAGCAACCACCACUCUGCUUCACCACCACCACAUCGACGUACAUAGAAGCACAAACGUACACGAGCAUACAAAUUUACAACCUCACACAUGCGCGCGAAGCUCGUACCACAGCCAAGAGCGGAUAAAUCCAGAUAUGGUCAGAUUUAACCCAGACUUAGUCAGGCUGAACCCGGAAUUGGUCAGACUGAACCCGGAAUUGGUUAGACUGAACCCAGAAUUGAUUCGUAUGCAUCCAGAGUUGGCUCGAUUGAAUCCAGAAUUGCGUCUGAAUCAAGAGUUGCAGAUGUACCCACAAGAUGUGGAAGAGGUUACCCAGGAGAGGUUUAACACGUUGCGGGGUCAUUUGGUCCCAUAUCGGAACUGUCCCAGAUCUCUGGGUUUGAGUGCUGGAAAUUUACAUAGAGAUUGCAGAGAUGAAGUUAUAGAGUGUGUGCAUCAAAAGAAUUUGAGUAAAGUUUCAGAUCAAAGCAUCGAUUCGUGUCAAAAACAAGGCAAAGAGAAUUUAGCGUUUCAGACAGACAAGCAGUCUCCUAUGAGAUCUUCAAUCCAAGAUUGUCAUCGAGGAGGCAAUCCCAAUACGGAAUCCGAGGUUUACUUUGCAGACGUAUCCAGUUGUUGUAACGCGGAUUGCUGCGUAAAUCCUAACGUAUCAGCACUAGUGGGCACGAUAGAGAACCAUCCAGAGUCUACAUCGGAAUCCGACACUGGUUCGUUUACCUUAACGCGACAGCAGCGCCCUCAACCGCAAGUCGGAUCCAAACGCAGACCAAGACAGACAGACAAAAAGACAGAAAAGUUGCGACACGAUUUGAACAAUUCCAUCCGUCUCACCGAACAACAGAUCGAGCAAUUAAACAAUUCGAUGAGAAUGAACGAACGACAUGAACGCAUGGAUCGUAUUGAACGAAUCGAUUCGAGAGAUAGACUGAACGAUUCAAGAUUAGAUCGCAGUGACAGAAUGAACGAUUCAAGGAUUGAUAGAUGCGAACGAAUGUGUGAUUCUAGGAUCGAACGGAUCCACGAUUCCAGAUUAGACAGAAGUGAACGAAUGAACGACCCCAGAAUCGAUAGAGGCGAACGAUUGAACGAUUCUAGAACCUCUAGAACAGAGAGAGUGAGCGAUGUCGAUAUUAAUGAUUCUCGAGAUCGCUUGAAUGAUUCCAGAAUUGAACGUCUCAGUGAAACGUCGAGAAUGGAACGAAUGAACGAUUCCAGGAUGACUGAGAUCCUGAACGAAUCACGAAUGAGUAGAGACCGAAUGAGCGACAGAUUCGAAGAUAGACGAAUGUCCGAUCUGAAUUCGAGCAUUCGCAUCGAGGGUAGUCCGAAAACGCGUCAAAUAAGUCCAUUGAAAAUGUCGAAGCGAAGCCCCAAAGAGAAGAACGAGUAUCUGGCUCCGAUAACUUCACCCUUAUCUCCCAACACGGAGGAGUCAUUAUUGUCUGAUGAAGAUGGGCGGCCAGAGAUAGUGUAUUCGAAUGAAACAGAGGCUAAAUGCUUGGGGCCAGACUCGCAGUAUGAGCCCGUGAGGGAGGUCAAGGAGGAGUUGAAGACGAACCACCACCACUGUUACAGCGAUACAAACACCAUGGACUCCGGGUGGCAGAGUGGCUCGGAGAAGCAGGUCACAGACUAA